GGUACCGUUGGUCACAAUCAGAGAGAGAGAGAGAGAGAGAGAGAGAGAGAGCGGAGCAGCUGCUCAGCCAGCGAGAGCGCGUACUUGGGACCGCACGCCGUUUCUUCCCGGAAGCCGGUCGAACAUUGCCGGAACUACACUUUCCGGCGGCAGCAUCCACGGAGAAGAGAUCGACUUAUCCGCAGGCCUUGUGUGGUUGAGUUCAUGGUAGCAGCAGCAACAGCAGCAGAUGGAUUUUGAUUAUCUGAAUUCGCAAGUAUUGGAGGGAAGGGGGUUUUAAUUAAUUAAAAUCUCCUCUCUCCUGUGGAUUUGAUCUAUCCAUCCAUCCAUCUUUUUGCGCAUCAAUCCAUCAUGGUUUGGAAUCCUUUCCAAGAGUCGAGGCCUCUCUUCGUGGCCGUCUAUGUCACCAUGCUAGUAGGCAUCAUCUUCUCCACCGUUUACAUCAUCUCAUCCGCAUACAUGGCCAAGCCUGUCUACUCCUCUAUCCUUUCUUUUAAUGUAGAUUCUCCUCAAAUGGAGCAUGCCCCCAUUCCCUCUCAACCCAGUGCCAGUAAUGUAGUGAAUAGUCCUUUAGACACUGGGAGUGGGUCCCUAGUGCCUCCAUCACAGCAAUUUACUCAUAGUAUAUGGACAAGGCCUAUAUGGGAUGCCCCACCCGUUGGUACGAAGAUGCCGCCUUCAAAGGACUUUCAGCUGACCAAAACGAUGGUGGAGUAUCGAGCUAAAGACAAUGUCAUCAUUGUAACCUUUGGGAACUAUGCAUUCAUGGACUUCAUUCUUAAUUGGGUUAAGCACUUGACUGAUCUCCGUGUUUUUAAUCUUCUUGUAGGUGCGAUGGACACCAAACUUUUGAAAGCUUUAUAUUGGAAAGGAGUUCCGGUUUUCGAUAUGGGCAGCAAUAUGAAUACAGUCGACGUUGGUUGGGGGUCACCAACAUUUCAUAAAAUGGGGAGAGAGAAGGUUAUUCUGAUAGAUGCCAUCCUGCCCUUUGGCUACGAGCUAUUAAUGUGUGACACAGACAUGGUUUGGUUAAAGGAUCCGCUUCCAUAUUUUGCUCAUUUUCCUGAGGCAGAUAUUUUAACAUCAAGUGAUCAAGUGAUACCAACGGUUGCUGAUGAUAGGCUGGAAAUCUGGCAACAAGUAACUGGUGCCUACAAUAUUGGAAUUUUCCACUGGCGGCCUACCAAUUCUUCAAAAAAGCUUGUAAAAGAAUGGAAAGAUAUGCUUCUAGCUGAUGAUAAGAUAUGGGAUCAGAAUGGUUUUAAUGAGCUGUUGCACAGAAGUUUGGGACCAUCUGUUGAUGCAGAAAGUGGACUUGUUUAUGCUUUUGAUGGAAGGCUUAGGUUGGGAAUCUUGCCAGCUAGUAUUUUUUGCAGUGGACAUACUUACUUUGUCCAGGCAAUGUAUCAACAACUCAGACUGGAACCGUAUGCAGUGCAUACUACCUUUCAGUAUGCCGGUACUGAAGGAAAGCGACAUCGCCUACGUGAAGCCAUGGUUUUCUAUGACAAACCAGAAUAUUAUGAUUCACCAGGUGGUUUCUUGUCAUUUAAGCCAUCGAUUCCCAAGAGCCUGUUGUUAGAUGGGGAGCAUAACAUUGAAUCACACUUCUCCCUCAUAAAUUACCAAUUGAAGCAGAUAAGAGCAGCACUUGCAAUUGCUUCAUUGUUAAAAAGGACACUGGUGAUGCCUCCGUUGUGGUGCAGGUUGGAUAGACUAUGGUUUGGACAUCCUGGAGUUUUGCAAGGAACAAUGACAAGACAACCUUUUCUCUGCCCUUUGGAUCAUGUUUUUGAGGUGAAUGUUAUGUUGAAAGAGCUACCAGCAGAGGAAUUUGGCCCUGGAAUUGACUUUAGAGAAUACUCUUUCCUUGAGAAUCCAUUACUGCCCAAACGGGUAAAGGAAUCAUGGCUUGAGGUUCAAAUUUGUGAAGAGCAAUCCCCAGAUUGUCAUAUUGCCAACGAAACAAGUCAAUCGAAGAUACUCAGAUUUCCUAAGCAUAGCAGUGAGGAAAUGUUCACAACAGUAUUCUCCGCUUACAAGGAUAUCAAAGUCAUACAGUUCUCAUCCAUGGAGGACACCUUUCAAGGUUUUACUGACAAGGUGAGAGAGGCCAAGUUCAAGAAUCGUUUGAAGCGGUAUGUCGGGAUAUGGUGUUGUGUGGAGAACCGUGCUCGUGGUCACAUAUAUUAUGAUAUGUACUGGGAUGAGAAACCUGGUUGGAAACCAGUUCCACCAGCAACACAAGAGGAUGACCAUCCACCAUGGUAGAUGCAUGAUCCCUGGCUAUUUGUUAAAAUUGCAUGGAGAAGAUGAUGCCUGAGAGAAUCAAUGUCAUGCAACCCCUGAGGCAUUUCUUUCUUCUAUAGGCCGAAAAAGCUAGACAUAGGGACGAAUGCAUUGCAUACUUGGGGUGGAAACCCCUUCACAUGCUUUUGUAAGACAGUAGCAAAAAUUUUGACAUUCCAAUUUAUUCUCGAAUUCAGUUAAAAUAAUCAAAUGGAAUGUGUCUCCAAAUAAGGAUUUCAUGCUGGUUGUGAGUUGAA